AUGGACGAAACAGAACGACGAACGGUGAAGCGUUCGCGCUUCGACCAGACAGAGCCGGAACCCAAGAGGACAUCGCGAUUUGACCGUCGCUCUCGGUCACCCCCGUCGCGUCGCUCUGAGCCUGGAAGAGACCGCAGCCCUAUUGCAAAAGAUGCAACUCCGGAGGCAAGAAAAUCUCCAACUGAUGCUGCCGCUGCCGCUGCUGCCGCUGCGGCUCGCAUCAACGCGCAGCUCCAAGCUCGUAAAGGAAUCCAGCACGUCGAUGUACCUCCCAUCAGGUCUGCUGAUACCGAGUCACCACCGCCACGACCAACCUCUACACCGCAAAGCGCAAACAAAACAGCUCCGGCACUCGAUGGCGAGAUGUAUGUUGCAGAUGGCGACUACAUCCAGGAUAUCGAAGUCAACGACCUCAGGAAUCGCUACCUCCUCACCAAGGGGUCCACGCAGAAAAUGGUAAAUGCUCCUGAUUUCAAGCCCACUGAUCUUCCCAGAGCCGCUACUUUGGACUUAUCUCUGCAAUUGGAUCGAGAAUAUCAUGCUUACAGCUUGAUAGCUCGCCUCAUUACCCCCUUCGUUUCUCCUGCUGACUCCCACUUGAUUAGAUCAAAGACGAAACCGGCGCUGAAUCCUCCUUUGUAUCUUCACAUCACGAGCACGAGCAAGUCUGGCUUGGAGUCCGCUGUCGCCAAGAUCAACGAACUUAUCCAACAGGAACUCCCUCAACUUGUCGACGAGAGGCGUUUCCGUCGUCGAGACCAGGAGCAGGUCGAACGUGACGAGUUUGGUCGACGUAAAUGGCCCGAAGAGAAGAUCCCUAUCAGCCUAGAGCCCGUACAUGGGUUCAAUUUGCGUGCGCAGGUCGUUGGCCACGGAGGUGCAUACGUCAAGCACAUCCAGCAAGAGACAACUUGUCGUGUGCAGAUUAAGGGACGAGGUUCUGGAUAUCUCGAGGCAGCCACUAACCAGGAGAGCGAUGAAGACAUGUUCCUCCAUGUGACCGGCCCUGACCCCAACAUGGUUGCGAAAGCCAAGGAGCUUUGCGAGGACCUGAUUGCCAAUGUCAAGGAACAGUACGAAGAGUUCAAGAGUCGUCCACCGCGCUACGGCGGCGACCGAUAUGGAGGAGAUCGCUAUGGCGGUGAUCGCUACAAUGGUGGUGGUGACCGUAACCAUUCCCAUGGUGGCUCACAUGGAGCUUCUCAUGGCUCAUAUGGCGGCUCUGGUUAUGGUGGAUACGGGUCUAACCAGGGUGGCGCUUCAAACAGUCCAGCCGCUGCUGGCGUAAACAGUCCGACCAAUGCUGCAGACUAUGCCGCCCAGUACGCCCAGUACUACGGUGGCGCAGACCCUUACGCAGCCUAUGGUGGUUAUGCUAACUAUGUUGCUAUGUACCAGCAAUACUAUGGAGCUCAGGCUCAAGCACAGGCUCCCGGCGCUCCUGGUGCCACCCCUGGACAGUCAGCUUCACCACCUCCUCCGCCCCCAAGUGAAGCCGCUCCUCCUCCUCCGCCACCGCCUAGCUCGGCACCUCCCCCUCCUCCCCCUUCUGGGUCCCCUCCUGGAACAGGUGGGAGCUACGGUUCGGGACAUAGCGUUUCUAAUGGCUCUAGCUUGUAG